GGAAUAGAUGCUCUCAUUAAGAGGCUGAUUCGCUUUUAUGGGACUACUCAAAGUGGAUUUUAUUUUUGCUUUAGGUCCUUAUCUCCAGCAUUUAGGAUUCCAGAGCACCACAGGCAAAGGCAUGCUCAUAUUAAUUAUGACUGUGAAUAUAAAACCUUUCGUAAGGACCCAAAGAAGCCUAUGCCUUGGAGAACAGAAGAUGAAAAAUAUGGACAAAGCAAUUCCAGGUUUGCACCUCAUGGAAAUAACCACCAGAGAAUAUAUGAACGUAGAUCACCUUCACCAAACCUGAAAAGAAUUCCCAUGGAAGAUAGCUACAGUCAUAAGCCCUACAGAACACAUUCAUCUGAAAGAACUGAAAGCAAUAGGAGAUGCCAGUUACCACCAAAAUACUCAGAAAUACCGUAUAAAGAACAUGAUCGUCCAUUUUACCAACACAAAAUGGAAGACAGAUACAUGUUUGAGCACUACAAAGUCACUGGAAAUGAAAAAGGAAUGAAACCUUUUCAUAGACCGUUAGGGGCUUCAUGUAAACCUGAAAGAAAAUGGCAUGAAGAUGACUUGAGGCACCAGAGGUUACAUGAAGAGAAGUAUGGUCAGUCACCCAGAAGAGUUUCUGAUGAAUUUACGGCAAGGAGCUCUUUACAGAAGAGGUAUCCUGAAGAUCACGAUUACAGAGAAUAUGGGCACACGUCUAAAAGGGCUAAAGAAAUGGAGAGGUAUGACGGUGGAGAAGUAACAAGAAACUCCAAGUGGAAGCAAGAACGUUCUUUUCCACCCUACCAAGAAAAGGAGGAGCAAAGAAAUCUGGGUGCCCAGUCCCACCGAUCGGCUGAAAGGGAGUACUCAGAGGGUGCUGUCACAAAGAUAGCCUAUGAGUACAGUCACAAACGGCGCAGGCAUCCGGAUGGGGAAAAGGCUUUUUCAGACGAUAGAGCUCAGAAGUAUGUGAAGCAGGAAGACCAGAAAUACGGUUCAUCUAAGGGUGCCCGGAAUAGCAAAGAGCUAGAUUACUUUAGCGGUGGAAGAGCGAGACGGACUGAAGAAGGGCACGUCGAAGUACCUGUUAAAUAUAGUUCAAAGAAGGCCUGCAAUGCUUGUGUUAACUCUUCCAAAACGGAUGUUGGUCUGAGAUCUUUUAAAAACAAACCGAAGGAAAGAGUAAGGAAAGAAGGGGAAUUCAGGAAAAAAGUAGAUUCCUCCGAUAGCCAGCACGAUUCAAGUCACACUGUUUCAGAUGUGAAAAUGUCAGAUGUCAGCUGUAGGAGGGAACAUCUCACAAUCAAAGUGGAUAUGAAGAAAAUGGUGACCAAGUACAGGACCGCUUCUAGUCAUACUGCAGAGAGACAGAUGUCCCAUGAUCUGGUUGCUAUUGGCAGGAAAACUGAAAAUUUUCAUCCGGUGUUUGAGCACAUGGAAUCUGUAACACAAAAUGUUGAAAAUGACCCAUCAAGAGAAUUUACUCAGGAAAUAAUCACAAUUAUCCAUCAAGUUAAAGCAAAUUAUUUUACAUCUUCUGACAUAACUCUACAUGAACGGUUCUCAAAAAUUCAGGAUAAACCAAUUGCGAAUACGAAUGAAGUUAAAAUACGUUUGGAUCCAGAAAUUCACAGGAGGAUUGACAUGUCUCUAGCAGAACUUCAGAACAAACGAACUGUGCCAUCUGAAUCUCCCCAGAACAUUAUGAGAGUGUUAGAAGACCCAAAUGAUCUACGGCAUGAUAUAGAGAGAAGGAGAAAAGAGAGAUUGAAGCAUGAAGAUGAGAGAGUGUUUCAUGUAGAUGGUGUAACUCCAAGGAACCAGCAAAGCUGCAGUCUUUCAAAAUUGCAAAACUCUCAACUUGAUGGCUUCCAAAAGCCUAUGAGGUUCAUUAAGCCACCUUUCAGGAAAUUUAUUGGGAAACCUCACCUGAAUUCUUACUACUCUUCAAAACCAAGUGAUACUUACCCUCACAGACGCAUUAGAGGACACCUUGAAAAUGCAGGACCCAUCAGAAGACACUUUAAG